CCUCAAUUUGAAAUUGAAGUAGAUGAAGAAGAACAAGUCUCAACUCACACUCUUUCUUUUUUUUUCACUUUAGAAUUCAAGAAAUCAAAUUUAAGAAUCAAAACAUAGGCUUAACACAAGCAUAGCAUUAAAAAUGCCAGCUUUUUCACUAAAGGCGUUAUUUUUCACUCUCAGUCGACACCAUUUACAGAGCUAAAAGAAACUGAAAGAAAACUUCAGAGAGAAAAUUUGUAGCUACCCACCUAGAAAGUAAACUGAUUUGACAGUGAAAUAAAGAAAAAACAACUGGGCUUUUCAGGGUUUUUAAAUUUAUUCAAGAAAAUAGAAAUUUGACAUGGCUUUUGCUUCUAUGCUUUGCUGCGGAAAGGGCUCCGAUCGGAAAGGACGAAAGAAACAGCCGACUUGGAGGAUCUUUUCGUUGAAGGAACUACACGCGGCUACAAACAAUUUUAAUUAUGAUAACAAACUCGGAGAAGGAGGAUUUGGCAGCGUUUAUUGGGGUCAGCUUUGGGAUGGAUCACAGAUUGCAGUUAAAAGGUUGAAGGUCUGGAGCAAUAAAGCAGAUAUGGAAUUUGCUGUCGAGGUUGAGAUCCUAGCACGUGUUCGGCACAAAAAUUUGCUGUCUCUGCGUGGAUAUUGUGCUGAAGGACAAGAGCGUCUCAUUGUGUAUGACUACAUGCCAAAUCUGAGCUUGCUGUCUCAUCUACAUGGACAACACGCUGCAGAAUGUCUUCUUGACUGGAAAAGGCGUAUGAAUAUUGCAAUAGGUUCUGCAGAGGGAAUUGCCUACCUGCACCACCAUGCAACCCCACAUAUCAUCCAUAGAGACGUAAAAGCUAGUAAUGUCCUGCUGGAUUCAGAUUUUCAGGCUCAGGUUGCGGAUUUUGGAUUUGCAAAGCUAAUUCCUGAUGGUGCAACACAUGUAACCACAAGAGUUAAAGGUACGCUUGGCUACCUUGCCCCUGAAUACGCUAUGCUAGGAAAAGCAUCGGAAAGCUGUGAUGUAUACAGCUUUGGCAUUCUCUUGCUCGAACUAGCCAGCGGCAAGAAACCCCUUGAGAAGUUGAAUGCAACAGUGAAACGCACAAUCACUGAUUGGGCUCUACCAUUAGCAUGCGAAAGGAAGUUCAGUGAGCUGGCAGAUCCGAAACUAAAUGGCAAGUUUGAGGAACAAGAGUUGAAAAGAGUUGUUCUUGUAGCUAUCAUGUGCGCCCACAAUCGGCCCGAAAAAAGACCGACGAUGCUUGACAUAGUAGAACUGCUGAAAGGAGAAUCAAAGGACAAGUUUGCUGAACUGGAAAAUGACGAAUUGUUCAAAAUCCCCCAGCCUGCUGAUUAUGAUAAUGUGGUAUCCGCUGCUGAAGACAAUUCAGACAUCAUCUCAGAAGACAAGGAACCACCACAAGAGUUGAAAGAAAUCAGUUAAUAGAAUACUGAAAAUAGCUUUAAAAACUACUUGUUUUAUGAUUAGUAGAGGUCAAAUUUGGUUUGCGAGUACUGGGUUUUUUUUUAUGCAGAGUAGCUCUGGCAAUCCAUUUAUUAGAGUUGUCAGGGUUAAUGGUCUGCCUAUGAUUGUGAAAGCAUGUCUACAGGUGCUGCAAGAAUGUUGUGAAUGAAUUAGUUUCUGUAGUUUUGGUGUUUCAGUUGUUAUCUGUCCAUGAAGUAUUUCAGCUUUCAUGGACACUUGUGUAUUGUUAUAUAUUGAUCACUGUGUAUUCUCAAUAUGAUUUUGGUGACAGAAAUCUGAAAAGUGAUGAUAUAGUCCAA